AUAACAAAUUUUUAUUCAAAAAGUGUAAUUAGUAAUUUAAAAAAUCAUAAUUGUAUAUGCAAAUGUAAUUCUCUCCUUACAAUAUCCUACAUGAAUAUUUUCCUUAUAAAAUUUAUUUAUUUAUAUUUACUAAAAUGUGCAAUAUUGCAAAAAAAGGGUUUUAUUAUCAACAUUUUGAUUUAUCGUACAUUAUAUCACUUCUCUGUUCCUUACAAAUGAAACAAAGACAAUGUAAUGAAUAUUAAAAAGUUUCGUAAUUACGAGUCAUGUGGGAGAGUAAACGUAGAAUCGGGAAUGUGUGUAUUAGCAUUAUUGCCACUUGCGUUAAUAUAAUCUUGCUUAUGACAAUCGAAUCUAGCGCAGUCAAGUACGCACAAUAAAUAUGUUUAUCAAAAUUUGUUUCUUUGUUUCCCUAAUAAGCGCGAGUGUCAGUGUGUAUACGAAAAUCAGCAGUAAGACUAACAAUAUUACAUUCAAGUAUAUGAAAGGAGUUGAAGGGGAAAGCGAUUUACAUAACUGUGAACCAUACGAGGUAUGCAAUGUAGUUCAUGACCGAUUUUGGAUGCCUGGUUUGACGGAAAGACUUUGCCACUGUCCUAAUGGAAAAGAAUGUCCAUGGCAAUGGACGAAAACCUUUGAUAAUUCAACUAUGUUUCUCAAUAAUAAAUCUAUAUUAAAGUUUUGCACACAAUUAGUAGAUUUGGAGAUAUGCGCGCAUAAACAAAAAGCAGUAAUAGUCUAUGGGGAAGGCGAUACAAAUAAUAGUUAUAUAAUACCGUAUAAUGUAACAAUGAAUUGCUUAUGCCCGCAAACACAUUAUUGGAAGUUGCAAGAAUACACGUACGAGAAACAUGGUCUUGUUCAAAUAUUCAGAUGUGUCAAGAAAAGAAUGUGCGAGACUUUGGAGUUUUGCGGCUACAUACGAUCUGAUCUAUACUCAACAUAUUACAGAUGUACAUGCCCAGAAAAACAUUUAUGCGUUUUCAAGGAUAAGACACAGGUAAAUGUGCAAGAACUGCUCUAUUCUGGUCCUGCUUAUAUGGCUUAUUGUUACCGUUAUUAAAUAUACAAAGAUAUUGCAAUUUAACAUGAAUAUUUAAAAAAUGUUAAAAGUAUUUCUAACAUACAUUAUGUAUGUAU